GUGAAGUCCAAGCGACAAUCAAGUUUAAAUUCAUUUCAUUCAUACUUGUUCUUUGUAUUUAUAUUAGUUAUUUAUAAUUAAUAAUUAUUCAUUGGUUUUAGUGUUUAAAAUUUAACGUUGUCUCUAUCUAAAACAUUUUAUGAACAUGUCACGACAUUUGUUCUCUGUAUUUAUUUUAAGUUUUCUCUGGUUAGCUGUUGCCGGUGAAGAUGUGCUUGAUCUUUCAAACAAUGACUUAGAUGGUUUCAAGGCUGAAGUUGCUAAAUAUGACACUGUUUUAAUUGAAUUUUUUGCUCCAUGGUGUGGACAUUGUAAAAGACUGGCACCUGAAUACGCCAAAGCUGCCACAGCUCUUCUUGCUAACGAUCCACCAGUUCCUUUGGCUAAGGUUGACUGUACCUCAGACAAUGGUAAAGAAAUUUGUUCUACCUUCGGUGUUUCAGGUUACCCAACUCUGAAAAUUUUCAAAGGCGGAGAAUUCGCUUCUGAAUACAAUGGUCCCCGAGAGGCUGAUGGAAUUGUCAAGUAUAUGAGAAGCCAAGUUGGACCUGCUUCUAAAGCAUAUACUUCAUUCAGCUCUUUGAAUGAUAAAUUGAAGGCAGCUAAGGAAGUAUUUGUAGUUGGAAUCUUCAACAAAGAAUCAGACGCUUUAGCUACUAAGUUCCACAAAAAUGCUGAUAGAAUGCGAGAAUCAAUCAAUUUCGGUCACAUUUAUAGUAGCUCUGCCUCCGAUGAUAUUUCAGCUCUUUCAGUAUUGUCAGCUAGCAAAGUUUCCGCUCCGGCUGUUGUCCUUGUUCGUCCCUCAACCCUUAGCAACAAAUUUGAAGAGUCAUCAGUUGUGUGGGAUGAGAGCGGAUCACUUGAAAAUUGGAUUAACUCUAACUAUCAUGGCUUAGUUGGUCACCGAACUCAAUCCAACAUGCAAGAUUUCAAGCCACCACUCGUUGUUGUCUACUACGAUGUCGACUAUGUUAAGAAUCCUAAAGGUACUAACUACUGGCGUAACCGAGUUCUCAAAGUUGCUCAAAACUAUCCAAAAAUUAAAUUUGCAAUUGCCAACUCCAACCAAUUUGCUGGUGAAAUGGAAGAAUUCGGUUUGGAACCUGAUCGAUCUGGCCGUGAAGCUGCACCAGUCGUUGCUGCUCGUGACGCUGAAGGUAAAAAGUACAUUCAAAAGGAGAAAUUCUCAAUUGAAAACUUAGAAGCAUUCGUCAAAGAUUUUACCAGUGGUAAACUUCAACCUUACCUUAAAUCAGAGGAGAUCCCUGAAGAUAACUCAGGUCCAGUAAAAGUCGCUGUGGGUAAGAACUUCGACGAAUUAGUCACCAAAAGUGAAAAGGACGUUUUAGUUGAAUUUUAUGCUCCAUGGUGUGGUCAUUGUAAGAAACUUGCUCCAACCUUUGAAGAUCUCGGUAAGGCAUUGAAAGAUGAGUCCGGUGUUGAAAUUGUCAAAAUGGAUGCUACUGCCAAUGACGUUCCUUCAACAUUUGAAGUUCACGGUUUCCCAACAAUCUAUUGGUAUCCAAAGGGCACCAAAGUCCCCGAAAAAUACAACGGAGGACGCGAGUUGGAUGAUUUCAUCUCAUUCAUUGCUAAACAUGCAACUGACGAGUUAACUGGUUACACUCGUGAUGGAAAGAAAAAGAAAGAAGAGCUCUAAAUUAUCAUUUUCUAUCAAUAUUUUUAUCAAAUAAAAUUCGAAUUAGUUCACACAA